UGAUUGGUCUGUGUGUAUACACGUAGUGGGAGAGGUCGGAAGUCUACACAUUGCAGAAGAAGAGGAUCUGUGAGGCGACCGCAGAGAAUGGCUCUAACACUGUAUAUGACAUUGGUGACAUCCUCUCGGGAGAUUCAGUCUCAUCAGAAUGAAAUCAUACGGAUUUUGGACACAAACAAAAUUCAGUAUGAGCGAGUGGAUAUAUCUGUAGACAAGGGUCUCCUUGAGGAUAUGAGAAAAAAGGCUGGAAACCCCACUGCACUUCCUCCUCUAUUGUUUCGUGGUGACAAGUACAUUGGGGUGCAGCACCAAGUAUCUCAGUGUUUCAGUGAGAGAUAUGUGAAUAUGAGGCACUUACAUCUAUAAUUGCCAUGGAUUAAAAAGAUGCUGCCAUCAUUCCGUCAGCAGAACCAUGAACAGCUUAUGGCUGCUGUGGAGGAUGAAUGCCUGCUUACAUUUUUAGAGGGGAAAGAAUAAACCUGCUCUGCAAUGAAACUCAAACCACGCUGCAUCUGUUCUGCCCACCAUUUCCUAUGUUACACUCUAUUGCUAACCCAGUAGUGUAGCAAUUCAUUAUUUUUUUUUUUAUCUUUUAUUAUUAUUUUUUUACCUAAAAUUUUUGUCAUUCCAGUUUUAUAAAAUUACAUUCCUGAGUAAUUUACUACCAUUCAUUCCAAAGUAUUACCAUUUAACUGGAAGCCUAGAGACCAUUUAUUGCCUUGUGAUGUUACAGAACCCCCUUUCCCUUCUGGCAGCUUGAUGGCCUCCCAUCCUCAUUCCUUUCAUAACUGUGAAUUCAAUUUGUAUGUUUCCUGCCAAAGAGGAAGUUAGUCUUCCAGUCGAUUUAAUAAAUUUGUUUCACAUUAA